UGGGGCUCCCCCUUCCUGGUGGGAUACCUGGUUCCAGAGACCUCCUGCUCCUCCUCCUCCCCAUGUGGGCUUCUGAAGGGAGGGAAGAGCCAGCCGUGUGCAUGUAAGCACAGUGGGACCCCAGGCCUGGCUGGAAGACACCCCUCCGUUCUCCUCUGCAUCUCUCACAGGCUGCUCUGCAAUGACCACAGCAAGGUACCGGCCCACCUGGGACCUGGCCCUCGACCCGCUGGUGUCCUGCAAGCUGUGCCUCGGGGAGUAUCCGGUGGAGCAGAUGACCACCCUGGCCCAGUGCCAGUGCAUCUUCUGUACCCUGUGCCUGAAACAGUAUGUUGAGCUCUUGAUCAAAGAAGGGCUAGAAACUGCGAUUAGCUGUCCUGACGCUGCCUGUCCUAAACAGGGCCACCUUCAGGAGAGUGAGAUCGAGUGCAUGGUUGCAGCUGAAAUUAUGCAAAGAUAUAAAAAGCUACAAUUUGAAAGAGAGGUGCUCUUCGACCCCUGCCGGACAUGGUGUCCUGUGUCCUCCUGCCAAGCGGUAUGCCAGCUACAGGACCCGGCGCUCCAGACCCCGCAGCGGGUACAGUGCAAAGCCUGCAGCACCGAGUUCUGCUCCCUCUGCAAAGCCAGCUGGCACCCUGGCCAAGGCUGCUCGGAGUCCAUGCCGAUCACCUUCCUUCCUGGGGAGACCAGCUCUGCUUUCAAGAUGGAAGAGCCCGAUGCGCCCAUCAAGCGGUGCCCCAAGUGCAAGGUGUACAUCGAGCGGGAUGAGGGCUGCGCACAGAUGAUGUGCAAGAACUGCAAGCACGCCUUCUGCUGGUACUGCCUGGAGUCUCUGGAUGACGACUUCCUCCUGAUCCAUUAUGAUAAGGGGCCCUGCCGGAACAAGCUGGGCCACUCCCGCGCAUCCGUGAUCUGGCAUCGGACGCAGGUCGUGGGGAUUUUUGCUGGAUUUGGGCUUCUACUCUUGGUGGCCUCUCCCUUCCUGCUCCUGGCCACUCCCUUCGUACUCUGCUGCAAAUGCAAGUGCGGCAAAGGUGAUGACGACCCCUUACCCACCUAGACGAUGGCCGGUGCCGGGAGAGACCCCUGCCUCGAGAAGCACGGCUCCCCAGCCCACCACUCUCCGCUCACUAAACGUGUAUCUUGCCUUAUGUGCCCCACGGAGCUUCACAGCGUCAGGCUGGAUGCCACGAUGUCAGGGACACCAGCAGGCUCGCUGAGGCCGCAGGCGCGGUCACCUGGGCGUGGGCACGGCGAGGCCCAGUAGUGUGUCCCACAGAUCCAGUCUCUGCAGACCAGGUCGAUGGCCUGGUAGGCAGUUUUCCAGGCAGUUUCCUACCACGGCUGGAGUCUGGGAAUUGUCUGGUGCAGGUUAAGAGUUCUGAUUAGACAAAGCUUUGUCCAUUUCCUCCUCUGCUUCAAGAUGGCGUCCUGCUGGUGAAGGAUGAAGUCUUAAGGAUUCCAGCUCUCUUCAGACAGAAGCCAGUGAUUCCCACUUGAGACAAGCACUCUGUUUAGGACAACUUUUUUUUUUUUUAUUACUCAAGGCGUUUAGUAAAAUCCUUUUUAGGAGAGGCUUUUUUUUCCAACUGAGUAGUGAAAAAUCAACAAGGUGCAUAUAUGCCAUCCUAUGCCUUUCUGGAAAUGUGCAUUUUAAGAAGUUAGAGUUAAAUGACUUUCCUGGCUUUGACCCAUUUUCAGGAGAUUUAGAAAGCCUUAUUCACUCUGUGUUUUUACUGAAACUUGCUGUAAUACCUUUUGAAUGCUGUAAGCUGCAUAUUCUUAUAAACGUGGGUCAUAUACACUACAUCACUUUGAAAACAUUGACACGUUUAGAGGAACGUCAUUCCCACUUAGGUUUGCCUUUUGUUCUUCUUUGGUGAUUCAGCCAGCUCACCGGGCGGGCACCUCCCUGCUCAUCAACAGCAUACCUUCGCAUAUCUUUGAACCAAAUAUCUUCUUUGGAAGUAGUUCCACUCAGAGUCACUGUAGUUUGGCCUCUUGCUUUCGUUUUCAAGUGCACAGUUCGAAGUGUGCAUUAUUUACACUUGGAAGUCAGGGUUUCUGCUAACAGCUGAGGGGCUCUUAAGAGGCCAGCUAGAGUUUUCUGGAUUUUCACAUUUUUUUCUUGGAGAAAUUUUGUGUCUCAUGGAGUUCGAGCCCAGCCUUGUCGCUAACCGGCUGACUGUGGCUGCUGGGAAAUCACCCGCCAUUUUGCUUAGCUCUUUCUACGUGGGAUGGGAUCAUGUGGCUUUUCCCAGGGCCGUGUGGGACUGUUUCCACAGCAACGCAAAGCCCGGAUGGAUAUGAAGCUGCACUGUUCUCUGUCCUUCAAAUCCGACAAGUGGACAACAUGCUUCCUUUAAAGAGAAUUGACUCCCAAAGCCAAGCGUGCUAACCAGCAACAAAGGCACGUGCUGUGGAGUCCCCAUGGAGGGAUUCCUGGAGGCAGAUUAAGGAAUCUACAAAGAAGUAAAACAAAACAAAAUCCUUUCUAAUCUGUUAUUUUUUUUUCAUUGCUAGCUCAUUUUUAAAAUACGGUUUUGUGUGACUGUGUGUGUGUGAGUCCACAGUGUGUGAUCAGUCUCAGGUCCUGGUGCCCCUCCCUGUCCCGAAAGAUCAUCUUCAUUUCUUGACAGUGAAUAGUUGAGGAAAAACACAACCAUUUGUUCUUUUCAUGGCUGAAACCCAUUUUCUCACGAGAUUAAAGCCAUUUAGAAGAUCCGUCCUGUGUCAAAACUUUGGCCCAAACAUUCUCUGUGUAGUUACAGCUUCAAAGUUCAAAGUUCAAGACUUGGAUAAGAAGCUGGGUGCUGAUGGCUCU